AAAUGAGUUGUAAUUUCGUUCAUGUUAUGUUUUGUUCAUGAAUCAUUGCAAUCGAGUUCUGUGUCAUUAAUAGUGCCACAAAGUUAAUUUUUAUAAUGUGUUUGUUUUGAAUCAGAAUAUCGGUCACCUUUUAGUUACACGGAUCUUAAAUCGCUCCAGAAUCUUAACACGUCUGAUUUGCUACUUGCAAUGCAAGAUAUCUUUCUUGAUCGGCUUUAAUAGUUGCUUGAUUAUUAAAAUGGAAAGCAAAUUCAUGCCACGACCACCUCUUUUUCUGGGCUAUCCUAUCUCACAGAGACCAGUUAUACCACUCGGACUUGAAGCAUUAUACCGUGCAUGUCGUAAAAUUUAUCCUGAUCAGCCAAAUCCUCUGCAAGUUGCUGCUGUAGUGAAGUACUGGUUGGGUGGACCCGACCCACUGGACUAUAUUAGCAUGUACUCUAAUCCUGGGGAUCCGGACUUGGACAUCGAUCCACACUGGCACUAUGUGAGCUUUGGCUUGUCUGACUUGCAUGGAGAUGGAAGAGUUCACGACAUUUCUGCUCCCGACGCACCCAGUGGAUUUGGCUUUGAAUUAACUUUUCGACUGAAGAGAGAGCCGGAUGAAAGAGUUCCACCCACAUGGCCUGCUGCCAUAAUGCAAGCUUUAGCUAAAUAUGUUUUCCAAUCUGAAAACACCUUGUGUGCAGGCGAUCACGUUUCUUGGCAUUGCCCCCUGGAUAAUAGUGAAUCGAGAAUACAACACAUGCUGAUGUUUGAAGAUCCGAAACUCGGAACGGUGCAGACGCCGUUCGGACUUGUGACUUUUAUACAGAUUGUUGGUGUUUGUACUGAAGAGCUACAAGCAGCUCAAGGUUGGAAUGGACCAGGCAUCAUUGAACUGCUCAAGUCAGUCAAAGGGGCCGGAGGGCCGUGGCUCAUUACUGACAUGAGGAGAGGGGAAACCAUGUUCGAACUGGAUCCGUCAGUGCAAGAAUCCGUCGAUCAGGGCAUUGAGACUGAUGGAUCCAAUUUGAGUGGUGUCAGCGCAAGAUGUUCGUGGCAAGAAAAGAAAACUAAUAACAAUGAAGGAUGUCCAGAAAGCGAUAAUGAAGGUGAAUACCCACAGAUAUCUCCUCUAGAAUCUGAGCAGAUCAAAGCUACCCUCAAAAAGGGGCUACUCAGCACAAAACCUGUUUUGCCUCAAAUCAAACCUAACAGUAGCAAUCAGUACUACGGGAUGUCGGCCACCACCAAUCAGCCAGAAGGUAAUUCAAGAAAAGAAUCUUACGACAGUAGUAUGCAUAAUGAAAUGGGAGCGCUCGAGCCGGCAGAGCUUCUACAAACAAAGUUUCUAGACAGUGUUCAUCUGCAAUUUAAUUUGGAAGCUGGGACUAUUUUGCCUCUGGCCUUGAGAGGUCGAUUAAAACAUGGGAGACAUUUUACCUUCAAGAGUGUGGUCGGAGAUGUCGCCAUAACUCUCGUUCCGACAAGUGUGUCUGGUGCUUUUGUGGACUUGGAGCAUCCUUUUGCGGCUCAUGGACCUUGGUUACAAGUACUUUUGACAAACGAAAAUAUUGAGAUUAUAUUAGAUGAGUUAACAGAAGUGUCCGAGUUAGAUGCUGUUGCCUUACCCAAGACAUUUUACUGGUGUGAUAGGAAACUCACUGUAACAUUGAUGCAUGAAGAAUGCCAAUAGUGGUCUUUUUUUUUUUAUUUAAAUGUAAUUCUUUCAGUUUAAAAGUUAUUUUAGAUACUCAUGUGAAGUCAACCCCCUCCCUAAUUUCAUGGGGAAAUUGAAAACCAUGCUAUAAGUUAAGGCUUUUAUAAGUUUAUUUUUAUCAAAAUCGACCCAACUUUUACUCAAAUCAUGAAGGUUAUGCUAUAAUUUUUGAAAAUAAACGAUUUAAAAAGAAGGUACAAAUAAAAUGUAAUGAACAUGCUUAUACUCGAAAAUGCAUGAUUUUUAUACGUUUGUAGGUGCAAAAGGUAUUGUUUCUGCAAUCGCAAUUUUUGUAGAGUUCAUUUUCAUGAUUAACUGUUUUUGUUACUUAUUCUUUCAUUUUGAAUUAAUAUCAAUAAAGGUUCUGAGUCACAUUACUUUCAUUUCUUUUAAUGGGCACUAACUUCCAUGCAGCCAUCAGGAGAAUUCGGAAUCCAGUAAUUCGCAUACUUUUCAAGUAAUCUAUCUUUUACUGUAAUUAUUUACUCUUUAAUUUCGGUUAGUUUAUGUAAAAUUAUAUCAGAGAGUGCUUUUUUACUUCUUUAGUGUUUGCUUAAGAGGGUUAGAUAAAAAUUGGGAAAAUGUUUGUGUUUGUUUGAAAAUGCCUAACCUUGCUGUGUGAGUUGUAUUUCUACAGCAUAGGCAGCUGGUGUAUCAAAAAAAAGGGGGGGGGGUGCCCUUAAAGUUGACUUUUUUAUUUAGAGAAUUAGUCUAUAUUAUUGAAUUUUAAUGUCAUUAUUGAUUUAAUGAUCUUCAAAAAAAAAAAAAAAAGAAUUGGGACUAACCCUUAAAAAAUUAGGACAGCUGGCUGCCGUUGACUUCGUCCUUCCCUAUUCAAAGUUCCAUUUUGAUUUUUAUGGCAAUAGUAAUGUGAGAAAAAUAUAAAAUACACAAAUAUUAAGUCAAAUCUUCUUUGUUAAAACACGUGAAUUCAUCAAUACUAUCUCUUUUUGAUCAAUCAAUGUAAGGCCCCUAUGACUAGAGAGCCGACGCAUCCACCAUGUUUUAUUUAUUUUUUGAAUAUAUUUAUUUACUCUUAAUGACAAUAAUAAUUAUUAUUUUUAAAGAAAAGUGUGCUACGACAAAGACAUAUACACCCACAAACUAAAUAAAUAAAUGAAUUAAAAUAUAAACAGAAUAAAAUUUAAAAAAAAUAAAAGAAAUAAUUUAAAUAAAAAAUAAAUUUAAGCAAAUAAAUAAAAAACUUAAAAUCCCCCUCCCCCCUAUUUUGAUGGCGCAACUUGCGCCAUACUCCCACUUAGAGCUUCAAGUUAUCAAGGGUUGAUGAUUUACAAAAAUUUUAGAAAGCACCUUUUCUACAAAAUCCUUUUGAUAAAAAAUGCCUUUUUAAUUGAAAUAAAGUAUUCUUUUAUCUGAAAGCUCUCUGUCCCUUUGCUUGGUUUGGGGGGGGGGGGGAUUUACAUAGAUUUGUGGUGCAUAAAUCUUGUUUCACAAGGUUAAUGUACCUGGUAUAUUUCCUUCCCCAAUUAAUAUGAAGACUGAAUUAAUAUUUUCAAUAGUAAAAAUUGAUAAUUUUUUUUAUAAAUAAUUUUUAAUUCUUAAUAUUUAUUUUAAUACUUUUUUGUAUUAUUCAUGGUUAAUUGAACAUUUAUUUUAUUUAGUGAACAUUAUAACAAUUCAGUAGUAAAUAUAGCUGUUUAUCAUUGACUGUAUUCUAAAGAAUCACUUGAGUUUAUUGAUGCUCUCCACACAUUCAAAGUAAUUUAUAGAAAAGUAUUUCAUUUGCAUCUGAAAUAUGUAUUUUUUUGUUAUUAUUAGUAUUUUACAUCAAUUAUAUGUUACAGAACUUAUUUGCUUUUGAAGUUAUUUGCAUGCUUAAAAUCAGUGCAAUCUUCUUCAAAGUCAAUUUUGCAAUUUAUGUUUGUAUAUUUUACUGUCUUUUGUAAGUAAAUAACUUUUUUAAUAAAUUUGAAUGAUAUG